CAUUAAAAUGCAGUCCACAUGUGUGUCAUGAGUCAUAACGCGUCUUCUUCAAUUCUCCUCUCCUUCUUUUGCUCUCUCUACUGUGAUAAUAAUGGAGGAAGAAGACAUUCGAAUUCCUCCAGGUUUCGCCUCUCUAACAUCUUUCUCUCUUAAAAAGGUUAAAAAUGCGAAUGAUUCUCGGCUCCGCGAGGAAGAAGAAGAAGAAGCUGAGAAGACUUCAUCUCAGAUUGGUUCGGUUCGGAGCGUCUUUAAUGCGGAGCUGUAUAAACGGUCUGCUACGAAGAAUAGAUCCUGGAUAGUCUAUGAUCGCGUUGAAGAAGAGCCCAAAUAUGAUUCCGAAAAUGAUUUUGAGUGCUUGUAUUCGAGAGGCUGUCUUCCUGAUGGAGUGAUUCGGGGAUGUCCAAGUUGUGCCAAUUGCCUGAAGGUUGUUGCGAGGUGGCAGCCUGAACAGUCAUGCGUGCAUUUGCUUGAAGAAGCUCCGGUGUUCUGUCCUACCGAAGAGGAGUUCAAGGACACACUUAAUUAUGUCGAAAGCAUUCGUUCACUUGUAGAGAACUAUGGAAUAUGCCGUAUUGUUCCUCCUAAAUCAUGGGAACCCCCAAAUUUAAUUGAAGAAAAGAAAACAUGGGAUACUUCUAAGUUUUUCACUCAUAUCCAGCACAUUGAUGAGCUUGGUGACAUGUUUUUAAAGAAAAGUCUUCAUAGAGCUCAUUUGAAGAUGAGGCACAAAAGGAAACGAAGUUCUGUAAAAAAUUUGGUUUCGGGAUCAUGGAAAGGACACUAUGUAGUGGAUUGCCAAUCAGAAAUAUUACAAUCUGAAUCUGGACCAGAGUUCACCCUCCAAGGCUUUAAGGAUUAUGCAGAUAACUUCAAAAAACAGUACUUCAGUGAGAGGGAUGUUGAUAUUGACCGAAAUGCUAGUUCACCUCCGUUAAGCAAGAUAUUCAGACCUUCUAUUCGGAACAUAGAAGGUGAAUAUUGGCGAAUAAUCGAGAAACCUAAUGAAAAAGUUGAGGUGCUCCAUGCAGCUAAUGUUGAUGCUGAAAUCUUUAGAAGUGGGUCUCCAGCUAAACACAAUGGACAGAAGAUGCCCAAGAAUCCUGUUGAUAUACAGUCAGGCUGGAAUUUGAAUAAUACAUCUAUGCUUCAAGGUUCUCUUCUUCGUUAUGAUGCCUGUGACACUUCUUCCAUGUUGCACCCUCAGCUCAGUAUAGGAAUGUGCUUCUCAUCAACUUUCUGGAAAAUUGAAAAGCAUCAUUUAUACUCGUUAUGUUACAUGCAUUUGGGUGCUCCAAGAAUAUGGUAUGUCAUUCCUCAGCAGUAUUGCUUCAAGUUUGAAGAGAUUGUGAAGAAGCACAUUCCAGAAUCGUCAAAACAUCCUUGGUUGCUUCUCGAUGUUGCCACUCAAAUUUCCCUCUCAACUUUGAUAUCUGAAGGUAUACCUGUUUAUCGCUGUUUACAACAUCCAAAGGAGUUUGUUCUUGUUUUGCCUGGAUCGUACUACUCUCAACUUGAUUCUGGCUUUAACUGUUCUGAGGCUGUAAACUUUGCUCCAUUUGACUGGUUGCCUCAUGGUCAAUUAGCUGUAGAACGAUAUAGUGAGUUUCAUAGAAAGACAUCGAUCUCUUAUGAUAAGCUGUUGUUUGGAGCAGCUGGAGAAGCAAUUAAAUCCUUGGCUAAACAUUUGUUUGUUAAAGAUUGUUCUGAUAAUUUUCAAUGGAGUAGUGUCUGUGGGAAGGAUGGAACUUUGACAAAAGCAAUCAAGGCCCGUGUUAAGAGUGAAGGAAUGAGACAAAAGUAUCUAUGCAUUACGCUUCAAACACAAGUAAUGGGGGAGGACUUUGACACUAGCACCAAAAGAGAAUGCAUAACAUGUUAUUAUGAUCUACAUCUUUCUGCAGUUGGGUGUUCAUGUUCACCUAAUAAAUACACUUGCCUUCGCCAUGUCAAGCUGCUAUGUUCUUGUGAAUGGAGUUCUAAGUGCUUUUUUUAUCGCUAUGACAUGAGUGAGCUGGAUAUCAUGGUUGAAGCUCUGGAAGGGAAAGAAAGUGCACUAAACAAAUGGGCAAAAGAAAAGCUCGGAUUAACUCUUCAUUCUUACGUCUCUGAGGACCAGAGAAAUCCCGUUUCUACAGAUUAAAAAUUCAUGGAUUUCUUCAUUCGGAGUUCAAUGUCCAGAGCUUAUGCAAAUCAAGGGGACUCAAAUCCAGACCUGAUUACUUCAAUGAACACAAGAGCAGAAGAGAAACUUUAUGAAAGAACCAUCCAUUUGCUAGUUUGAUCCAGCUACCAUGAGGAGUAUUACUGCAAGAGUUUUGUGCAUCCCUUUAUUCCAGAACACCGAGUGAAUUGCUUCUUGACAUUUUGGUUUGGUGAUGUAAGCAGAGACGUUAAUUGUCCCUCGUGGAUUGAUAUUCUUCUAAGGUAUGAAUUUUUUCUUCUUCUCAAGUAAAAGUAGAGUUACUCUUGAAUGUAAAAGUGAUUUAUUCUUUUUUCCCUGUAAAACUAUAGUUACCCUUGAAUGUAAAGUUGAUGUGCUGUAACAGUUCAUCAGAAUAACUUAAGAUUACUCCCCUAGUGUGCUGUAACAAAGGUUGGUAAAAUUG